GUCAAGGUCAAUGUCAUCUGAAGUUAGGUAGAUCACGGGACGUUAUUUGUUCUUUUGAGUAAUAUUAUGUUGAAACCCAAAGCAUUGACUCAAGUUUUGAGUCAAGCGAACACUACCGGAGUCCAGUGCACAUUACUGCUGAAUAAUGAGGGAGCAUUGUUAGCAUAUUCUGGCUAUGGAGACAAAGAUGCUAGAGUAACAGCAGCAAUAGCGAGUAACAUAUGGACAGCCUAUGAGAAAAAUGGAAAAAUGGCUUUUAAUGAAGACAGGUUGCAGAUGGUCAUGAUGGAAUGUGAGGAAGGAAAGGUGGCAAUAACUCAAGUUGCUUCUUUACUUUUGUGUUUGUAUGCCAAGGAAAAUGUUGGGUUUGGUAUGUUAAAAGCAAAGGCCGAAGCCCUUGCCAAAUAUCUAGAGGAUCCACUGACUCAGGUUGCAUCAUCAUGACAGCAGCUGACAGAGAUUUCAAUUCCAAAAACAUUGAUUUAUAUCAGAAGAUUUCUGACCCCAGCUGAUCUAAUUAGUAUCUGCACUAUCCUUACUUGUGAAUAUUGCAAGAAACAAUUGAGUGAUAUUGUCACUCUUACUUGCUCGAUUGUGUUAGAGGGAACUAGGAUUUCAUGUUAUAGAGGCUGAUCUUUUAUUGAAAAAAUUAUAGUGUGUAAAGCGCACAGUAAAAGAUGCAGAAGGAAGGACAUCUUGUCUGAUAACUUAACUAUUUGUAUUUAGAAAAUGCAAUUCACUGCUGCCUGCUAUAUUAAAUUAAGUUGAAGCAUGAUAGGUAUCUGAAAGCUAAUUCUGAUUUGGAAUUAACUGGGUUAUUGAAUAUUAUUAUAAUUACAUUAAUAAAUGGAUAUUGUCUUUGUUAAUUUUUAUCAUCAAGAUUUUUUCACUACACUGUAUUGUCAUCAUUUUUAUUUGAUAAAAUUUUUUUUCCUGAGGAAAAUUGUCAUACCAGCAUAUAUAUAUAUAUGUACUGUAUAAAUAUAAUUAUACUGGAAACACAUCCUGUUGUAUUGAAAGUUAUGAAAUACUUAUAAGCAUUUUUUUACUUAGACAACUUAAGUAAUAAUUAGCCUCAGUUCAGGACUACAAUUUGUUGGCUAGGUUACAAUUAAUAUUUUUAUAGUUCAAAACAAUAUUUAACUUCUUUUCUGCACAAGAACCUAGAUUUUUCAGUGCAAGUCACAAGGAAUGCGUGGUCUUUCAACAAAGGUUUGAUGGUUUGUUCCUUAACUGAUAUAAAAAAAAAACUUGCAAGGAGAGAAUGCUGAGAGUUUUACUUGGGUCUGCAUAUUUAUCAUUUUGGUGCCCUGGAAGUUCUGAGAGAUCGGAUAAAAAACAAAAGAAUCAACAGAUUAAUUAAAAAUAAUUUUUAUUAAAUCCAUCAACUUAACUUUCUUACAAAAAAUAAAUGUUGAACUAUGAAAUGGCAGAACUGUUAACAACAUACAAAUCGGUAAGCUUUCACACAGUAUCUAAUACUAUUUGGCAGGUACUGUUUGGCUUGUUACAUGCACAAAAUGCCAUCUCUGAAGUAGGAAGGUAUUAACAAGAUGAGUAAUUGAGCUUGCCACUGUGGGACCAUUCCCAUACCUUACUGUACUAGCAGGUUCAAUCUAUCUCUGAGGGGUUUCUCGCUAAAUUGCAUU